GCAAUAAGGAAACCGUGUCCCUCAAGGUCAUUCUCACACCUCUUUCCCUGUCGAAACCCAUUCCAAUUUACAGAGAAACUCGUACUCCAAACAAGCCCUCCAUUCCAAACCAUCAAGUCAUUUUUCUCAUCAAAGCUUCAAACUUUCCUUCUUCUUCUUCGUCUAAAACUCUCCAAUAUUCGCAUUUGAAUGCCAAACAGCCCAAAUUGAUCUUCAAAUUUGUAUCUUUUUGGCAUUGAUGUAAAGGUGGAAGCUUAUUAUGUAGAAAAGUUUAUAGGAAGAAAAUCUGAAAGUGGUGAAAUAGUUGAAUACAAAUUUUGAUGAUUAGUUCGUCCAAAACAAAUUUUGAUGAUUAGGAAUGGAAGGCAUUCAUGGGAAUGAUGUUCGGAUGCAUAUGAGCGAUGCUCAGCAACAUCAUCAGGUGCAUUUGCAGUAUGUGCAAGAGCAUGAUCAUCAUGUUUUGCACCAUCUAAGUAAUGGGAGUGGAGUGGCUGAGGGUAAUGAUGAUGGUAAUUGUGGGGAUGGGGUUGCCGAUGGUACUGAUGUUGUGGAGGGAACCAUCCAGUCUAAUCUCGGGAACCUUUCUGAUACUCGUAGUUCGAUGGUAGAUCUUGGCGGUGACAGUGGAGACCAGCUUACCUUGUCUUUUCAGGGUCAAGUUUAUGUUUUUGACUCAGUUGCACCAGAGAAGGUUCAAGCUGUGCUAUUAUUGCUAAGAGGUGGUGAAGUACCUCCAAGCGUUCCUGCAGUGCCAAUAUCUGCUCAACACAAUAAUCAGGGUCUUGCGGCUACUCCACAACGAUUUACUGUCCCUCAGAGAGUUGCCUCGCUGAUUCGAUUCCGUGAGAAGCGAAAAGAACGGAAUUUUGACAAGAAAAUUCGCUAUACUGUUCGUAAAGAGGUAGCACUUAGAAUGCAACGGAACAAGGGUCAAUUUACAUCUUCUAAGUGCAAUAAUGAUGAUUCCGCAUCAGCUGCAACAAGUAUGGGGACAAAUGACUGGUGUCAGGAUGGUAAUGGUGGCCAACAUUCAGAGAUUCUCUGCCAACAUUGUGGCAUCAGUGAGAAGUGUACACCAAUGAUGCGGCGUGGACCUGAAGGACCAAGAACCCUUUGCAAUGCAUGUGGACUUAUGUGGGCUAACAAGGGAACCCUUAGGGACCUAUCCAAGGCAGUAUCUCAGUCUGGGCAAAAUACUUCCACAAGCAGGAAUGAGGCUAUGGAGAGUGGAAACGUUGAGGCCGACCAAAUGGUUCUUGGAACUUCAGGGAAUGGUGGUGAUUCUGCUUGAUAGCCAUCAUUCUGGUUUAGACCAUCAUAAGGGGGUAUUGAGGGUAUAAGUUAAUUAGGAAGUAAUUCUUCAAUGCCUCUUUGGAUGAGUUUGUAAGGAAGUGAUGCUCCAAUGCUGACAGAUUUUUCGCCUACUUGGUUUGAUUAGUUCAUAUCUACUUUAGCUGACAGACAGGCAGGUCCCUCAGGAGACUAGAAGUGGGAUGGCGAGCUAGUGCCCAGACAAUGUGCAUAGUGUUAUAGUUAAAUAGAGUAAAAUCAAAUAUGCCUGUAAAGUUGUUAUUGUGCAGACCUAACGGGUUAUUAGUAUGAUCGUUUAAUAUGGUUUUAGUUUUAAUCA